UCAUGCCCAAACAAUUCCACCUCCCAUCCAGUCCACCAGACCUCCACCCAAGUGGAAGCUGGUGUAUUUCCUCUAUUUAACCAAUGGAAGUGACGGAAUAAGCAGCAUAGACUCUGUAUCUGAAGCUGUCUUGCAGUGAGCAUUGGCCCUAUUGCACUUGUCUGAAGCUUCAGGGUGAACUCGUUGGAUUCAGUGCUCUGUACAAAAGAAAGGCAUCAUGGCUGCCAGAACCAUCUUCCUUAUCUUCUGUUAUUUUCUCUUUUUCAAAAACGAUGCUGCUUCUACACAAUCAACAGUUAUACCCAUUACAAAGGAUACAGGUGAAAAAGCUGCUGCUUCUACAUUAUCAACAGUUAUACCCAUUACAAAGGAUACAGGUGAAAAAGCUGCUGCUUCUACAUUAUCAACAGUUAUACCCAUUACAAAGGAUACAGGUGAAAAAGCUGCUGCUUCUACACAAUCAACUGUUAUCCACACUACAAAUAAUACAGGUGCCACUUCAAGAUCAACUGAUCAUGUUAACACAACAACAGAUGGUGUGAUAUCACUGAGCACAGCAGCUACACUGAUCAGUUCCACACAAAAUCCCUCCUUAAGCAAUGACACUCAAGGAAAUACUAAUUUAAAUGCUACAUCUGCUCCAAAUUACAACACAACAGUAAUUGAAAAAACUAAUUUAAAUGCUACAUCUGCUCCAAAUUACAACACAACAGUAAUUGGAAAUACUAAUUCAAAUGCUACAUCUGCUCCAAGUCACAACAAAACAGUAACUGAAAAUACUAAAUUAAAUGCUACAUCUGCUCCAAAUGGCAACAAAACAGGACCUGAAAAUACUGGCAACAAAGCAGACUCAGAACAGCAUGAAAGAGGCACUAAAGAUAAAGAAGCUGAUCAUAAAUGGGUCUGGAUUGUUUUGGGGUUAUCUGCAGUUGCAAUCAUAGUUGCUGGGGCGUACUGGAAGUGCUAUAAAGCCCAGAAUCAUCCAGUUGAGACCAUGGACCAUGGAACAGAGAAUGCUUCGUUCCAAAGGACGGAGAGUAACAAAGAUGGAGUCAUGCUUUUGGGAGUCAAAACAGGAGGGGAGGAGAAUGCUGCAGCAAAAUAAGCAGCCGAGAAAAGUGGCAUGAGGCAAAAACCAUUAGAAGACUGCACACUUCAGUGAUCUUCCUUUGGAAUUAAUUGUAAUGAAGUGACACUUUUUACAUUGAAUGUAAAGGUAUAGACUGUUUUGGCAAACUCAACAUUGAAAUAUGACUACUGCAGAGAUGAUAAGUUUACUGUAUAUGGGACUUUUUAAAUUUAGAAUUGGGUAAAAAACUUCUGUUGUUUUCUGUCCAUAAAAAAAAUUGUCAACAUGUCAAUGUUUGUAAUACAUAUACCGUAUUUUUCGGACUAUAAGCAUCUACUUUUUUCCCAUGUUUUGAACCUCGCGUCUUAAACAAUGAAGCGGCUUAUUUAUGGAUUUUUCCUGGGUUUUUCACGGAUUCACAAACUUAGACCAAUAAAAUUUCCAAACGGAAAUGAAAAAACGCACCUCACCUCACACACACGCCUCACUAUUCCAGCACGAUGAUGACAAAAGAUAAACUCCCCAGAGAAAUACAGUAGUUGUGAAAGGAAGG